AACGUCGUAUGUCGCAGGAAUUCCAAAACAAAAAUAUUCUUUUAAACCAUAUAUAAACAUUAAACAGCCAUACUUUCUUUAUUUAAAUGUUUAUUUUGUUAACAGAAUCAAAAAGGGUAGCAUAUAUACGAUAAGAAUGAAUGUAGUGAAAAGAUUUACGCUGGCAUUUGCAUCAAUUUUAUUGGUGCUGUCGCUUCAAGAGGUUGAAUGUAAGAAAAAAGAUGAAUUUUCUAAGUUCGUGCAAGAAGUGGACAACGUAAAGUCUUUUAAAAAGUUGAUUCGGACUAAAACUAAUGUUCUUGUCCUAUUUGCAGAAUCAGACAGUGCUGCCCAGAAGCGAUUCUCAGUGUUUGGGGAAGCUGGUAAAAUAUCAAAAGGCACGGCAACACUUGCAUGGGUGGAUUGUGCUGAUAAAGAAGGAAAGAAGUUAUGCAAGAAGCAAAAAGCAAAGCCUUCACCCGUGGAAAUCCAACAUUAUAAAGAUGGAGAGUACAGUUCAACUUAUGACAGGAAGUUUACUGUUAAGUCAAUCCUGGCUUUCUUGAAAGAUCCGAAGUCCGAUGGUCCAUGGGAGGAAGAAGAUGGAGCAGAGGAUGUUGUUCAUAUUGAGUCAGAGAAACAACUUAAUAAGAUGAUCAAGAAGAACAAACCGCUGCUUGUCAUGUUCUAUGCUCCAUGGUGUGGAUAUUGCAAGAGAUUUAAACCCGUGUUCGCCGAAGCUGCUACAGAAGUAAAAGGACAAGUUGUGUUGGCAGGUUUAGAUGCUGAGGGCAACAAAGAUUCUGCCUCAAUCAGGCAAACUUACAAUAUUACUGGAUUCCCAAAGACAAUUUAUUUCGACAAAGGAAAACAACUGUUUGAUUAUUCUGGUGGCCACACUAAGCAAGAGUUAAUAGACUGGUUAGAGGAACCUUCAGAACCAAAGCCAAAGGAACCUGAGCCAUCAUGGGCUGAUGAUAUAACUGAUGUUGUACAUUUGACCGAUGAAACUUUUGAUCCUUUCCUCGAGGAAAAUAAGAAGGUUAUGGUUUUCUUCUAUGCGCCAUGGUGUGGUCACUGUAAGAAUUUGAAGCCUGAAUGGAACAAAGCGGCCACCAUACUGAAGGAUGAGGAAGCACCUGAGAAGCUUACUGCUGUGGAUGCUACACAAUAUAGUCAGCUUGGUAAUAGAUACAAGGUCACUGGUUACCCAACUGUAAUCUACUUUGAGAAUGGUGAGCACAAAUAUGAUGCUUCAUCCGCAUUCAAACGAACUGCGGAAGGAAUUGUGGAAUAUAUUAAAGACCCCAAACCACCCCCGCCCCCUGAGAAAGCUUGGACCGAAGUUGAGAGCGAUGUCGUCCAUCUUGAUGAUUCAUCAUUCAAAUCUACAGUGAAAAAGAAGAAACAUUCCUUGGUCAUGUUCUACGCACCAUGGUGUGGACAUUGUAAGAAAGCGAAACCAGAAUACCAGGGAGCUGCUGCACAAUUCGUGGAUGACAAGAAGGUUGUGUUCGGCGCUGUGGAUUGCACACAGAACCAAAAAACUUGUGAAAUUUACGACGUCAAAGGUUACCCUACCAUCUAUUACUUAUCAUAUGGAAAGAAUGAGGAGAAGUACCAGCUGGGCAGAGAGGAAUCGGAUUUCGUCAAAUUCAUGUCGGGAAAGACGGGAGUUACGAAGACAGAGCUGUAGUUAUUUUAAGAUUUAAUGAAUAGCGGUGUUAUAAAACUAUUUUAACAAAUUUCCGUUUUUCAAUUACACCUCUUGAGACUAUUUUCUAGAAGUAGCUUUUUGGUUAAAUUUGCAAUAGUUUUAGUAAAGUAAUAACAGAUAGAAAUUAUAAUGUUAAAUGCCAAAUGGUACAUUUAAACAAAAAAUGUUAAAAGCACUUAAUAUUAUUAUCAAUGAAGCAGACUUCUCAUGAAAUUUUGUCUUAUUAUUUCUGCUGCCAUGUUAUGCAGUGUCAAAAUUCAAAAUAUAUUUCAUUUUUCUCAUGCAAAUUAUGGCAUCCUAUCUAUACCUAAACUGUUUCGCCCUGGUUUUUUGAAGCAUGUUAAGAACUAGUUACAACGUUAGAAUGUAGUGUUACUUAUAACCGGUGGUGGUGCCUUAGAUAUUUUUCAUUCACAAUUCCUGAAGUGCCAUAUAAUUGCAUUACACCAUAUUAUUUUGAAAAAGUUAUCAUGUACAGUUGUUGAACUUUUCGAUGUCUGUUUAUAAUAUUGCCUUGUUUGAAACAGUUGAUUACUAUUUGGUGGCAACAGCCUUAAAAGUGAAAAUUUAUUCGGGAAAUAUAAUAUUUUAUAGGUA